CUUGCUUCAUAUGACAUGUUCAAGGCUCAUUUCCUCAACAGGAUUUUAUACUGCUGCAUUCAAUUACUUCUGCAGGACUCGAUGUAAAUAAAACCUAAGACCUGUGUUAAAUAUCGGAUUACUUGAAAUUUAGAAGUGAUUUACAGGUUCUAAAAGAAAGCAUAUAAAUACAGGUAAGCAUAAAUGAAUGAGACGUUAUCAGAAGACCAGGAGUCUGGCAGUAAGGAGCCAAUAAAUCUCACUUAUCAAGCAACAGUGGCAUUUCAAAUGAAUGAGAUGUCAGAGCCCUUUCAAGGUCUACAGCUGAUUCAACAGCUAAAACCAUUGAUAAUACCUUUGUAUGCUGCUAUUGUAAUAAUUGGAAUCAUUGGCAACUUCCUAUUAGUCUAUGUGAUUAUGCGAAUAAAGAAAAUGCAUAAUGUCACUAACUUUCUGAUUGGAAACCUUGCAUGUUCUGAUCUGAUGAUGUGUACAACCUGCAUCCCUCUCACCCUUGCAUAUGUGUUUGAACCCAGAGGCUGGGUAUUUGGAAGCACAAUGUGCUACUUUAUACUUUUUAUCCAACCAGUGACGGUUUACGUGUCUGUCUUCACAUUAACUGCUAUUGCUGUCGAUCGUUACACAGUCAUUGUUCAUCCACUGCGGCGCAGAAUUUCUCUGAAACUCAGUGCUUAUUUGAUUCUUUUUAUAUGGAUUAUCUCCAGCUGUCUUGCAUUUCCAGCAAUGGCUCAUACUUAUUAUAUAGAGCUAAAGCAGCAAGGUGUCGCAAUUUGUGAAGAGUUUUGGGAAAAGCAGGAAAGCGAAAGACAAGCCUAUGCCUUCUGCCUUCUGCUGAUAACAUACUUUUUACCUCUGUUUAUGAUAUUGGCAUCUUAUGUUAGAAUCUCAGUAAAGCUGAAGAACAGGGUCAUGCCAGGCAGUGUCACACAAACGCAAGCAGACUGGGACGAAGCUAGAAGGAAAAGAACAUUCUGUCUUUUGGUCAUUGUUGUUAUUGUCUUUGGAAUAUGCUGGCUGCCUUUACACGUUUUUAAUAUUUUGCGUGAUGUCAACAUUGAUGUAAUAGACAAGUAUUAUUUUAAUCUUAUCCAACUUUCCUGCCACUGGUUUGCCAUGAGCUCUGCUUGUUAUAACCCAUUCAUUUAUGCAUGGUUGCAUGAUAGCUUUAGGCAAGAAGUAAAAAAGCUGUUCACCUGGCAAAGAAGAGUUGCACCUUAUGGACAAAGUGUUACUCUAAGUGUAGUCCUUUAGCAAAGCCACAUUGUAGUAAUGCAAUGUUUGUUUUAUAAUGACCAUAACAUGCAAAUUUAAAAACAUUUUAUUGCUGUUGUUAACUGAUGAACUUACCUAGAAUAACAAGACAUUUUAUUCACACCAUUUUGACACUAUAAAGUUUUUCAGAGUCAAAAAUAUACCCUUUCUGCAAUGUGUUACAUUUCAGUUUAACUUUCCUUUAAAAAUUAUUGAGCAUAAAGCAAAGAACAAAAUAAAGCAAAGAUGAAUUCUACUGACUUCAGGCUGCUAAACACCUGUUGCAUAUUGUUACUUUAAGCUUGUUUAAUGUUAUUCAUUUGUGGAAAAAAUACAAUACCUCUUUGGAUUUUUCAGACAGCAUAUUAUUACAAUAUGUCAGCUGCAAAUUGCUGUUAUCAUUGCCUUAAUAAUUAAGUGCAUUCAUAACCACCAUCUUCUGCAUAAAUACCCUUUCAAGCCAUAUGUAUUUGAAAUGCAGCACUCUCACCUUCCUAUAUAUUCCUAUGUCAGGAAUACGAAAAGCAUUAACGUAUACAAGGUGCUUCAUUAUAUGUUUUUUUUUCCUCAGCGGUGACUAUUUUCAUUAAAAUGUGCUAUUUUUCUGCAUAAUUCA